UAAUCCGUUUGUGCCUGUGGGAUGACACAGCCAGCGUCAUCUGGGUUCUUUGCAGCGUCCUCUAGUUCAGACAACAUCCAAACAUAUUUCUGACAAACACUGACGACAUUCAGAUCCUUCUCUUCUCCGCCGCUGCCCUUCCCUGCCCACCCCUUCCUCUCUCUGUUCCCUCCUUUCCUCCUCCUGAAUAACUGUCAGAAACUGACUUCCUCUGACCACGCGCAGAACGGGGCUGUGUGACUACCCUGCCUACACAGCAAAACAAAUUCAAUAUGUCGACCGCGAUGUCCCGUUAUAACGGAUUUAACGGCUCUCUGGCAAAGCCAGCGGGAUGAGUUUUAAGUUAUAGCUUGCUCGGUUGUUUGGAACAUUUUGAUUCUUGAGAUUCUUCAUUUUUGUUUAGAUAAUCAGAUCCCCGCACGCCACAUGGAAAGCAAAAAGGAAGUGCAACAAGCUGAGGAAAAAUUUAGUAAAAAGAACACGGAGAGGUUUAGAAACUAAAUAAUCACCUUUAUCCCUGGCUCGGCACUGGAGAAGCCUCUUCAGAAGAUUGUGAAUAAUGGUGUGAUGGUGUUGGAGGAGGAGUGUGGAGGUGUGUGUGAGCCAAGCCAGGGGGUAGCACCAUGCAGGCAGGAGGAGAGAAAGCGGCCAUCUCCCCAGGGUGUGCUGCUAUCUCUAGGCCCGGUGAUGAUGGUAGUAGGGGGUUUCCUGACUUUCCUGACUCUGCAAGGUCCAGGGCUCUGGAUGGGGGUGCUGAUGGCUGUUACUGGGGCAACACUGACCAUCGCUGGGCUCUGUAUUUUAAUGACAACGCUACAGGUGUCAGAUGUACCUGGACACUUCCUGUUACACCCCCGCACAGGAACGCGCUAUAGUCCACACCAGGCCCUAGCCAUCCAGAGGAGGUUGGACCGGAUACGCAGAGAGAUGUCUGAGGACUCUGUGCAAGUGCCACCCUCUCCACCCCUCCCCUUGCCCCCCACCCCUCCUCCCUGGGAUCUGGAGGCACCCCCCUCCUACGAUUCUGUCAUGAAGAGCCGGGGUCCCUCUGACCUCUGAGGGCUGAGGAGACUACUGUACUGUUCUGUAACUUUGGACAAUUCCCUUUGUGCCAUUACAGUGAACUAAAUCAAGCACACCCGUGCUGGGAGAGACGUUGUUAUGGAAUGGAGGGGCUGUAAGGGGUUGGUGGCCUCAGCGUUGUUUACAUGUUAACAUGAUAGGUUUACAUAUUUGUUUGAAGAAUGAGGAGUGUGUUUAUAAUGCUACUAUUAAGACUACUAUAGUGUGAUACACUGCACUCCUAUAAAGACAUAUAUAACAAAUAUAUAUAUAUUUUUUUACUUUCCACCACCUGAAGUUGUUGAUGUCACUUUUCAAGUCCGCUCAACGCCCAUAUAUUUGUAGUGGAACACUGAGCUACACCAGGCAGCGAGGCCAGCUGCCAGCAUCUACCCAGCACUAAGCAUUCACUAUCCAGAAGCACUCAGCCUUUAUUAGCAGUCCAAAUGGAUAACCCAGCCUUUAAAACCACUGUCGGACUUUUUUGCUGCUUUGGACUCCAUUAGCUGUUUGUGCUGUGACUGCUUGGGGUGGUUGUGUCAUUCUCCAGGGUGUGAGUGCGGGUGUGUGUCUCUGGUCAUGUAUGCACCACGGAUUCUUUCUAUUCACACAGCUGACAUCAGGAUAGACAGAUGAUCUCAACCAGAAGUGCCUUGUUGUCACAGCACACGGUUAUCCACAGCGUUAUUCUCGCUCUUUCUGCCCCACUACUGCAGGGUUCCAUUCUAUCAACUGUUGCACUUCCUGUUUGACUGGGAUGUCAUGAUCAACUUUAGUAAAUUAAUAGCCAAAGA